AUGAUGCGCAAAAAAGAAAACGGCAGCGAGUGGAGACAAGUCAGGAACCUUGAGUCCCUGGAGACCGAAAAUGACUCUUAUAUUGAAGACCUCGAGGCCAGGGUUCAGGGCCUUAAGGAGCUUAGCCUGGCCAUGAGGGAGGAGGUGAAGGCUUCGAACAGUCUCCUUGGUUCGAUGAUGGGGCGACUGGAAGGGGUGCGGACGUCGGUGCGGAAUUCUGUUCGGCGGAUGGACCAAAUGUUUAAGUCUGGGAGCGCCCGCAGUAUCCUGGCCUUCGGUGUCUGUACACCGAGAAGCGAAGUUCUCCUCUGUCUCUCCUGUAUAGACAGUGCUCAGCCGCAGCAGCAGAAACUCCAGCAGGAGCAGCAGCGCCACCAGCACCAGCAGGAGCACACAGUUGAGUUCCUGUUGCUGCUGGAGCUGCUGCAGCUGCUGCAAAGGCAUCAGCGGCCGCGAAGAUGUAUCGCCAGCAGCAGCAACAACAACAGCACAAUCGGGAGCAGUAUUGCAACGGCAGCAGCAGCAGUUGCAACAGCAGCAGCAGAAGUUGCAGCAGCAGCAGCAGUUGCAGUAGCAGGUGCAGCAGCGACUGCUCUCCCUCGGAUCACAGAGCAGUCAGCUGCUGCACCAGAGAUUCCUUUAGAGGUGAUAGGAGGCGGUAUUGCCCUAGUGGAUACGCGGCUUUAUUUAACCCACUCGCGUCUCGACAUAAUUGCAGAGCGUUGCGAUCUGCGGCUCGCCCCCAAGAACUUCUCAUCUGGGACUGAAGAGAACCUUGCACAAGCGGCAGAACGACAGCUUCAGGAGGUGGAGGAGCACAUUCGUCAGUUUUUUGUUCAUCAGAAGCAAAAAGAUCUGCACCUGAGGCAGCAACGCCUCGAUCGUUUAUUAAAAGAACACCCCAAGGAUGAAGGGGCAAGAAGAGAGUUUGCUGCAGAGAGUAAAGAAGUGCAGCAGCAGCAGCAGCAAACGCCGUCUGCAUCGAAGUCGCCAUGGGGAUUCAACUGGAACGGAUCCGCUCCAGUGUCUUUGGGCCCUCAACUUUCAGAGGGGGAAGUGGAAGGAGCUCUGGCUGUUGAUGUCUCCGUUCGGCAGCUGCAGCUCUCAGUCAGCAGCAGCAGCAACAGCAGCAGCAGCAGCAGCAAGAACCCAGGCAGCAGCGAGAGUGACGCGGUGUGGCUUGACGUGCUACGGACAGAGGAAUUACAGCUUCACCUGUUCAUUCGCCUUGUAAAGCUGCUGCUCUUGGAGCAUCGAGAAGAGCAGCAGCAACAGCCCCUAUCGCAGCAGCAGCAGCAACACCAGCAGCAGCAGCAGCAGCAUCUAGGAACCGGAUCGGUUCCCCCCCUUACUGACUUGCUGAAGCCCGUGAUGGCUCGCUACAACCAGCGUCUGCAGCAGCAGCAGCAGCGGUGGCGGCGGAGACAAACUGUAGGGCAGCAAGAAUCUGAUGAUGUGUUUCUGCUGCUGCAGUUCGCCCGACGGCCUUUUGAGGGGAUAAGUUUGUGGGUGUUGAUAGCAGCAAAAGAAAAUGAAACAGCUCUAGAUGCACUGCAGCAGCAAGGAGAUGAAGACCUACAGCAGCAACAGCAGCAUACGCGCAGAUUGCGGCUGCUGCGGCAGCAGCACGCGGUGCUGCAGCAGCAGCAGCAGCAGUUCACGUCUCCGACGGGAGCACCUGUGGUGAAGGGACUGCAACAGGAGCAGCAGCUGCUGCUGCUGCAGCAGCAGCAGCAGUUGCAGCUCGAGUUACAGGCGAAUGAGAAUGAGCAGCAGCAGCUGCUGCAGCAACUGCAACAAAGCAUCAACCCGGCGAUCCGAGAGAAAGUUGUGUCUUUCUUUUGCACUUCAUCUUCCUUCUGUCAGGAGGCGCGUGCUGCAGCAGUGACGCUCGAGAGAGGACAGCAGCAGCUGCAGCAACAGCUGCUGCUGCUGCAGCGGGAGCGUGGCUCAGGGCACAGCAGCAGCAGCAGCAGCAGCAGGCUCAUUGAAAUGUAUAGACAGCAGCAACGAGCUGCUGCAGCGAUGUGCCGCGAACUAGAAGGCCACAGAGACACCUGGAAGCUCUCGAGGUGGCGCAUGCUGCUAUGGGCGGAGCUGCUGUCGGUCUAUGAGGCUUCGUUUCCUGCUACUGGUGCUGCUGCUGCUGCGCUGCUGGAUGACAAGGCCCUCAAUGAGCUGCUGCAGCAGCACAGAAGCAGACAGCUAGAGGAGACAUUCAGAGAGGGAAUGCUGAAGCCCAGCAGCGCCUUAGAUCCUGUCUUCACGCGAAAGGCAGCUCGCAUUCCCCCUGCUGCUGCUGCUGCUGCUCCUGCUGCUGCUGUUGCUGCUGCUGCCCCUGCAUCACCAGGAACGCCCGCAGACCUGACAAGGCCUGAUACUGCAGCUGCGGCUGCAACUGCUGCUGCGGCGGCAGUAGGGACUCCAGCAGAAGCAGCUCAAGCAGCAGCAGCAGCGGCAGCAGCAGCGGUAGCAACAGCAGGAGGUUUGCGGGAGGAGCACCCGACGCCUCCUCAGCAGAAGCAAACCGUGCUAGGUGCAGCAGCAGAAGCAGCAGCAAACAUCCCUCAGCUGCUGCUGACGAUAGGGAAGAGUUGCGACCUGCCGGUGCCGAUGAUUUUGCACAAACAAAAAUUUGGGCUGUUGCUGCGCUCAGUGACGCUGCAGCUGGCACCACUACUCACCCUAGACACCUGCCAGCAGCAGCAGCAGCAGCAGCAGAAGUGGCUGUUAUUUGAAGCCCUCGACACAGCAGUGGAGCUGCAGACGCUGAAUGCAGCGUCGCUGCUCUGCUGCCUCCGCUGCCUUGAGCUGCACCUCUGCAGCGGUCAGCUGCAGGUAGAAAGAAGCAACAGCAACAGCUGCAGCCAUUCUGGCUGGAAGUGUCAACUCGAGCAGCAGACCAAAGCGCUGCUGCUGCGAAUGGCGCAUAACUCUGCAGCAGCAGCAAACGGCAGCAGCCGCCGCAGCAGCGUCUGCAGCAACAGUGAGAACGCUGCAUCGCAGCAGCAGCAACAGCAGCAGCAGCAGCAGCUGGCUGUCCCGGUUGCCUUUACCCCCGGGGGAAGCAGCAACCACUCAAGUGGUACCAUCCAGCAGGAGCGGCGCAGCACCAGCAGCAGCAACAGCAGCAACAACAGCGGAGGAAGACAAAGUAUCUGGCAGAACGCGUUGGAUGCCAUAGGAGUUGCUGCGAGUGCAGCAGCAGCAGCAGCUGCUGCUGCUGCUUCCGAAGCAGAGCAAGCAGCGACACGAUCCCGCAGAGGGUCGCUGAUAGAAGAGCUUUCCAGCAGCAGCAGCAGCAACACCAGCAGCAGCAGACUAGGAGCAGCAAAAGCUUCAUUUCAAGAAUCUGUGAAGACGGGAGUGCUGCUGCAGCAGCAGCUGCAGAGACGCCUCUCGUUCCUGUUGAUACGCCUGACAGCGUUGCCGCUGCUGCAGCAGCAGCAGCAACAGCAGCAGCAGCACUUGCUGCACCAGCAGCACCCCCUGCUGCGCAUAGGAGUUCCUCUAUACUUACAGGCAACUGCAAAGUUGCAGCACGUUUGGGGCUGUAUCCAGACAACCGAGGUUCAGCUGCUGCAGAAGCUGCUGCAGCAGCUGCUGCUGACAGUCGCAGCAGCAGCUGCUGCUGGAGGCAGACCAGCAAGCAGCUCUGCAUACACAAGGUAA